AGGCGCUGAACGUUGCAGUGGGCGGCUGAGGACAGGAGUUCCGUGCUUAACGAUGAUGUUAUUGAUGAUUAAGAGGAGAGGACAGGGGAGGUGUCGGAGUUGGAAGUGAAGAGGAGAAGACAGAAGGAGGAAAAGAAAAAUGGGGGCUAAUGUUUCCAGCUAUCCUCACACUUUCUCUCCCCGUUUUGCGGGAAAUCCACCAACUCAGCAGACAUUCAUUGGGAUGUCUUUGUACACCCAGCAUGGCUACAGUUGGGACUCAAAACUUUACACUUUGGACCAUGGUGGGCAUGAAAGACCUCACGACCACCGCAAGAAGAAGACGUCCAGUCUGGCCACACUGAAACGCCGCUUCAUCCGCCGUCGCAAAGCUGGCAGGUCUGCAGACCACGCCCGGCAGAUGCGAGAACUUUUGGCUUGCUGGGACGUUCGUGAUGUCAACGCACUCGUGGAGGAGUACGAGGGCACUGCCGCCCUCAAAGAGCUGAGCCUGGCCGCUGGACUGGCGAGACCUGAUGCGCCCUCCCUACGCCAUGACAUGGCUUCUCUUUUCCAGCACAAACACUGCACAGAUGUGGACCUGAUAUUCCAAGAAACCUGUUUUCCAUCUCACAGGGCCAUCUUGGCUGCCCGAUGUCCGUUCUUCAAGACCCUGCUGUCGUCUGCCGCGAAAGUUGGCUCAGGUCACGGAGGUACUGAGGUGCUGCUUGAUGUUGGUAGAACAGGCAUGGAUGUGCCACUGUUUUCAGCUCUGCUCCACUUUCUAUACACGGGUGAGCUUGGAGCAGUUGGAGACGACAAACUAGAAACUCAGCUUAGGAAUACUGAUGUCCUGCGGCAGCUUAGUGAGGAAUUUGGUAUGCCCAAUCCUCUUGAAGCAGACAUGAGGAUGCUGUUCCACUCCAUGUGCUAUUAUGACUCUCUUCUCAGUUUCUGUUCAGAUCCAGAAACUGUGGAAGCAUGUGGUAAUGUUUGUGGAAUUGGUGGGGGUGGGAUCAUGGGGGAUAGCCUGACCAAUAGUAACAUAGGAAGCAGUGGACACUCGCCAUGUCCAGAGGAAGACUUGAGAGCCCAUAAAGCUGUGCUUUCAGCUCGUUCUCCAUUUUUCCGCAAUCUUCUACAGCGACGUAUUCGGACCGGGGAGGAUAUGACAGAACGGACACUCCAUACUCCGACAGUUAUUGUGCUGGAUGAAAACAUUAUUCCACGGAAGUUUGCCCAUGUGAUUCUACACUGCAUGUACACAGACGUUGUAGAUCUUUCCUUGGUUGUGCAUGGGAGCCCAUCUCUUGGCAGUCUGAGGGAGGUUCAGGCUGGAUCAACGGGAACGGGAACUGGAACUGGAACUGGAACUGGGACUGGGACAGGACGAGGAAUGAUGUCCACACGCACAGAGGAAGCCAUGGAACUCUACCACAUUGCCCUGUUUCUGGAGUUUGGCAUGCUAGCUCAAGGCUGUGAGGAUAUCAUAGCAGAUAGUAUCUCUCUGGACUCUCUGGUAUCCAUCUUAAGAUGGAGCUCUCAGCCUUAUGGCUCUAAAUGGGUCCACAGACAGGCCAUGCACUUCCUGUGUGAAGAGUUCAACCAUGUCAUGACCUCUGAUGCCCUCUACGAGCUCACCAAAGAACAACUGCUGUCUGCUAUCCAAUCAGAUUACCUGCAGACGAGUGAACAGGACAUUCUGAGGUGUGUGAUUAAAUGGGGUGAACAGCAGCUCAUUAGGAGAAUGGCAGAGCGAGAGCCUAACCUGCUGAGUGGGACAGCUCACAGCGUGAAUAAGCGAGGGGUGAAGAGGAGAGAUUUGGAUGUGGAAGAAUUGAAGGAGAUUCUGUCUCCUCUCUUACCCUAUGUCCGCCUAGAACAUAUUCUCCCAGCCAACAGCGACAUACUCACCGAUGCGAUGAAACGGGGUUUGAUAAGCACCCCUCCGUCCGACAUGUUGCCCACUGCAGAGGGAGGGAAAGCCAAUGCUUGGCUCAGACAGAAGAACACUGGCAUCUACGUUCGCCCGCGUCUUUUCUCUCCUUAUGUAGAGGAGGCCAAAUCGGUCUUGGACGAGAUGAUGGUGGAGCAGACUGAUUUGGUGCGUUUGAGAAUGGUCCGAAUGUCCAAUGUGCCUGACACUCUCUACAUGGUCAACAACGCUGUCCCUCAGUGUUGUCACCUCAUCAAUCACCAGCCAAUCACUGGCAGCCAGAGCAGUGCCCCAUCUAUAGUGGCCAAUGAGAUCCCAGUGCCCAGGCUGGCCGUGGUAAGGCAGAUGAUUGGACGGCUGCAGGAUCUCAGACACACUGAGCAGGUCCAGAGAGCCUUUGCCCUGAACUGUGGAGAAGGAGCUAUUGUCAGCUAUGAGCUGCAGCUACGCGUGCUGAGAGAGUUUGGCCUUCCAGAUGGAGCCGCUGAACUGCUACAGAAUCCUCACAAGUUUUUCCCAGAUGAGCGGUUUGGAGAUGAAAGCCCUCUGCUGAGUCUUCGUUUGUCUGGACGCUGCCGUGUGAACAGUUCCCCUGCCGUGGAUGGCAUGUUCACAGAUUUAGAUACCUUUGGGGCGGUUCAACCACCUUUACCUCCUCCGCCUCCCCCAUAUCAUACUCCAGCGACCCCAAGACAGAGUCAGUUCAAAACAUACUGGAGACCCAGGGUGCCACUUCCGCCCCCCUCACGCUCUCUCUCUUUUCCUUGUAACUACACCUCACUCCGGUGCCACGCUUCAUCAGCUAACAGUCAGAGCAGUCCUGUUUACCUGCCACCAGACUUUACCAGCACACAAGGCAUGGGACUAAGCAUUCACUCAGACACACAAGGGAGCUUGGAGCCCCUGAUUGGUGACUUAAUGCCAGACAUCGCUAUCGGCGUGUCUGCCCUGACCCUAUCUGAUGACCGUGGAGGUCAUGACCCCACACCCCAUCAUUCCUCUGCAACUUCUUGUUCUACCCCUCGCUUCCCUCCUGGACAUCACUCUCUCCCCCCUCCAAACACCUGCAAAAGACAUGCUAAACCAAACGCAGAAUGCCGGGCUGAGUACCCAGACUUGUACAUUUUUUCCAGCCGGUCCGGUUCCCCCCCAUCCAGCCACUCUGUUCAGCCUCCUCACAUGGGCCCGGAUGUCUACAACCACAGCCAGUCCACUUCAGCCACCCUCCUCCCUCCCUCCCUGUCCGAGACUCCUCUGUCAGUACACCCCCAGGGCAGGGAGGGACGUCUAGCUGACCCACUGACCCUGGAAGUCCUGGAUCAAAAGCUGGACUUCUGUGGAGGACCUUCAGGACACUCUGACAAUGAUUCUGACUUGACUUGUGGACUUCCACUGUCAAGGGAUAGUACAGAUCCAUUUGUGGAGACCAGUCGUGUUUCAGAAAGGACGGGGAUCAUGAGUAAUUCCUCCGCUGAAUUUAUGCUACAUAGGAAUAGAACAGAUGAAGCAGCAGGAAGAGACCACAUAUCACCUGGUAAAGCAGAACACCAGUACAGGAAAUCUGUACUUUAGUCUACAGGUGGACACAAAGCUAAUCACACAUGGAACCCAGUGAAUCUUAGAACUAGUUUAUUUUGGCUGGUAUUAGUUGGGUGUCAAGAUGCGACUGCACCAUUCUUGAACAGGUUCUUACGUUGAUAUUUAUGAAAUUUCACCACUGUCAUGGCUUGUUUGUUUUCCAAAGUUUUGGAAGUAUUGUCUUAUACAGAAUUUUAUCAGGGAUUGAA